CCCCCCCCCCCCAAGUGUUUGUUUCUAAUCUUGGCCCGGGCAGGAAUGUGGCUGCAUGCCGGGCCCAAGGAGCUAUUUUGGGGGCUCCUCUGCCUCCCCCAGUCUUUGGCCAGUGUCACCCCUGGUCUUGGCUCCUGAGGGCCUCCCUUCCCAAUUCUCUCACCACCCCUUCCCCACCUCCUGCCAAAAAAAAAGAGUGUAAAGCAGAAGGCCUGAGGGCUAAAUUUAAACUGUCCCAAAGUCUGACUCCCAGCUGAGUCACCCACAAAGCUGUCCUGGCCUCCUGCCCCCCUUCCCAGGCCUCACCCCUUUCUCCUCCCCCCAACUCCGGGGCUUGGGAGGAGUGUUCCAGGUCACUGGCCCUUAAUUGGCCCCCUCUGGGGAAUGGGAGGGCUCAGCUGUGGCCCGUCACACCUGUUGCUUUAGCUUUCCUGUGUACUCCGCCUUUUAUUGGGGGGCGGGGUGUUGAAUGGUUGAGAUUCUCUACCCCCCAGUCUCACACUGAAGCAUUCUGGGGGGGCCUGGCUUGUGAGGGGUUAAGGCUGGUAGGCGGGAGGGGGCUGGUCAAGGGGUGGGGAGAAGAGGAGGAGGCCUUUGCAGCCUGCAGAGAGAAGUGGCCAGAGGCCCAGGGGACAGCCAGGGACAGGCAGACAUGCAGCCAGGGCCUUGGGGCCUGAACAGGGGCUGCCAGGCCCCGUGACGAGAGGACCCCGAGCCCCUGGCCCGGGGAGGGGGCCAUGGUGCUGCCUGCCCAACAUGUCAGCCGAGGUGCGGCUGAGGCGGCUCCAGCAGCUGGUGCUGGACCCCGGCUUCCUGGGGCUGGAGCCCCUGCUCGACCUUCUCCUGGGCGUCCACCAGGAGCUGGGUGCCUCCGACCUGGCCCAGGACAAGUAUGUGGCCGACUUCUUGCAGUGGGUGGAGCCCAUCGCGGCGAGGCUUAAGGAGGCCCGGCUGCAGAGGGACGACUUCGAGAUCCUGAAGGUGAUCGGACGCGGGGCGUUCAGCGAGGUCGCGGUCGUGAAGAUGAAGCAGACGGGCCAGGUGUACGCCAUGAAGAUCAUGAACAAGUGGGAUAUGCUGAAGAGAGGCGAGGUGUCGUGCUUCCGCGAAGAGCGGGACGUGCUGGUGAACGGGGACCGGCGCUGGAUCACGCAGCUGCACUUCGCCUUCCAGGACGAGAACUACCUGUACCUGGUCAUGGAGUACUACGUGGGCGGGGACCUGCUGACGCUGCUGAGCAAGUUUGGGGAGCGGAUCCCGGCCGAGAUGGCGCGCUUCUACCUGGCGGAGAUUGUCAUGGCCAUAGACUCGGUGCACCGGCUGGGCUAUGUGCACAGGGACAUCAAACCCGACAACAUCCUGCUCGACCGCUGCGGCCACAUCCGCUUGGCCGACUUCGGUUCCUGCCUCAAGUUGCGGGCUGACGGAAUGGUUCGGUCGCUGGUGGCUGUGGGCACCCCCGACUACUUGUCCCCCGAGAUCUUGCAGGCCGUGGGCGGCGGGCCGGGGACGGGCAGCUACGGCCCCGAGUGUGACUGGUGGGCCCUGGGCGUGUUCGCCUAUGAGAUGUUCUACGGGCAGACGCCCUUCUACGCCGACUCCACGGCCGAGACCUACGGCAAGAUCGUGCACUACAAGGAGCACCUUUCCCUACCGCUGGCGGAUGCAGGAGUCCCCGAGGAGGCCCGCGACCUCAUCCAGCGGCUGCUGUGUCCCCCGGAGACGCGGUUGGGCCGGAAUGGAGCAGGCGAUUUCCAGAAGCAUCCUUUCUUCUUCGGCCUCGAUUGGGAUGGUCUCCGAGACAGCGUGCCUCCGUUUACUCCGGAUUUUGAGGGUGCCACCGACACGUGCAACUUCGAUGUGGUGGAAGACGGGCUCACUGCCAUGGUGAGCGGGGGCGGGGAGACGCUGUCAGACAUGCGGGAAGGCAUGCCGCUGGGGGUCCACCUGCCUUUUGUGGGCUACUCCUACUCCUGCAUGGCCCUCAGGGACGAUGAAGUCCAGGGCCCCAUGCCCAUGGAACUGGAGGCCGAGCCAUUGCCUGAGCCACCUGUGCAAGUGCCCAGCCUGGAGCCCAGGGUGCCCCCACCGGAGGAAAAGGCUGAAGUGGCAGUUCCAGUGGCAAUCCCAGCGGAUGUGGCAGAGGCCGAGGUGACCUUGCAGGAGCUCCAGGAGGCCCUGGAGGAAGAGAUGCUUACGCGGGAGAGCCUGAGCAGGGAGCUGGAGGCCAUCCGCACGGCCAACCAGAACUUCGCCAGUCAACUCCGCGAGGCUGAUGCCAGGAACCGAGACCUAGAGGCGCACAUCCAGCAGCUGCAAGAGCGGAUGGAGGGGCUGCAGGCGCAGGGUGCGGCCGCUGUCACGGGGGUCCCCAGUCCCCGGGCCACGGAUCCACCUUCCCAUCUAGAUGGCCCCCCGGCCGUGGCUCUGGGCCAGUGCCCGCUGGUGGGGCCAGGCCCCAUGCACCGCCGCCACCUGCUGCUUCCUCCGCAGGUCCCUAAGCCUGGCCUAUCGGAGGCGCGUCCCCUGUUCCUGUUCGCCGCUGCUCUGGCUGGUACCGCCACCCUGGGCUGCACUGGGUUGGUGGCCUGCGCAGGCCAUUCCGCCCGGGUCUGGCGCCGCCCAGGAGCCGUCUUCGUCCCCUGAACUUUAGAGCCCCGGCCCGUCCUCCACUCGGGCCCCGCGGGAGGGUUGGGUGACGCGCGCUCGGCCCAGAAGCCACUCACAUCGCCUCCCGGCUCACCGCUCCAAGUGUGCGCCUCCACCCCAGCUGCAGCCUUGUGAUCCGGCCCGCCCCCUGGCGGCCGGGGAGGGAGGAGCCGGGCCCGAGGCCGGAGCGCGGGGCUCACAGGCGCCUGUAACCCGAAGUGGUGCUGUGGGUGGAAGGCGGACCACUUCCUCCAGCCUGCGUGAGGCCACGACGUGGAUCGGCAAACUGCGAUCGAGAAAAGGCAGCAGGGCCAGAGCUCAGCCAUCUGUUUUUCACCCUCCACGCACCCCACCCACAUCGGCUCGAAAACCACCAACCCUUGUGCAUGAAGCCCUGCUCGCUCGUUCUCUGCGAGAGAAUGUCUAGCGCGAGCCCCGCUGCUCUCGGGAACCGUUCGCUUGUAUUAGCCCCGCUUUUUCGGGGCCUCCCGCGCCCUCCUCACGUGCGCUGCUCUCGGAGCCUCUGCCGGCUCCUCCCGCCUCGGCGGUUUGGGUAUUUAUUGACCUGUCCCCCGACCAGCUGAAGGCUCCAGGACCCUAGCACCCUAAUCCACGUUUUGGAUGCACUGAAACCCCGACCUUCCUCGGUAUUUAUUGUCUCUCCCCACCUAGGAACCCCACCCCCGACCCUUGUGAAUAAAAGGCUCCCUUGUCUGCCCCAAGCUCUGAA